UCAACCUAACAAAGUCAAAGAAAGUGGUGUAUGUUUUGGUUUUUACAUGAUAGAUGGCGCUAAUCAUGCAAUUAUUUUUAUACAAUGUUAUAGCAACACAGUGAAUUCGUCAGGGCUUCCCCCAUAUACCAAGUUUGUUUCUUAAAACGCCAUUGUUCGGUUCAAGCAUUUGUAGGUUGUGUAUUUGUUAGUAUCAAAGAUGAAUGAUCUUGUAGAAAGCGUCCAAAAUCUAAACCUAACUUCUAGAAGUGUGAGAGGUCCCAAAGUUAUAGGAAAAAACGAAGCGUUCCUGAAAAAUCUGUUGGAAUUGGCUCCGGAAUUUAAGACAUGGAAAAAUCAGACGUUUGAUAAACCUUUUCAUUUGGUUUUGGCUCACUUUCCCCAUGUUACUACAGCAUAUGACUCAUCUAACACUUCUAGGAAGAACCCAUAUUAUAAAUUAAAACAUGUUUUUCGCGUUGAAAAUCCUUUCAUUUUGGCCCAGUAUUAUUUAAAGAAAGUACAGAUAGGAAAACGAAAUAGUACAGUUAUGGAAUGCAACUAUUUUCAUGGGACUAAAGGGGAAAAUUUGGAGCCAAUUUGCUUAAACAAUUUUAAUUGGCGCAAGGUAAUAAAGGGAAAAUUUGGGAGAGGUGUAAGUUUUUCUCCAAGAUCCGAUUAUUCCAAGCAUUCCACCAGACUUUUUAACAUCUCCAUUACACCAAUGCUAAAAAACUCUUUGUUAGCAAUUAAGACAAAUGAACAACAAUUUAAUGCCAUGUUUUUAUGCAAAGUUCUUCAAGGAAAGUGCCAAGGGGGUGCCCCAUUCAUUAAAGUCCCCCAAAAACAAUUUGAUACUACUACAAAUGGAAAGGGUACAGUAUUUGUUAAAUAUGAAGAUUUCGAAUUUUAUCCUCAAUACAUUAUUCUAAUGAAUUCUGCAGUUAAUCCAAAUGUGGUUGGUAAAAAAUAUAAUUAUGAUGAUUUUGAUGAGCAUUUUGAUGAUUUUGAUGAUCAUUUUGAUGAUUUUGAUGAUCAUUUUGAUGAUUUUAAUUAUCAUUUUGAUGAUUUUGAUUAUGAUUUUGAUUAAUAUUUACCUAUUUUAAUUAUAACAUUGUAGUAUUUUGUAUAAUGUUUUUGUUUAUGUAUGCCACAGUGGUAUUACCACAUAAGUUUGAAA